CUGCGUGGGACAGUGCUGGGGACUGGUGGCAUCUCCCGAGCUCUCACGCUCCGUGCUCCCACUGCGAUCAGACACCCAGCUGGAAAACACCAGCCCAACCGCACGCUCCCGGAGCAGCGGCCGUGGCAAGGGAAGGGCUUAUUGAAAUUAUUAAUUAGCUUUGUUUUUAAACACGGGCUCCGAGCAGCCUCCUCAGCAGAAGGAAUUGUUAUUAAACGCCAGCCCUCCGGCAGGCAGGCCAUGUGUGCGGAGCCUGCAGCGCUUGGCUGCCAGAUAAAGACGUUAUUGUCAUCUCGCCUCCGUCCCAGCCCUCCGCCUCCCGCGCUCCCACCCACCCGGCGCCCGCGGUUCCCAGGAACAAAACCCCCGCGCAGCGCCGCGCGCUCGGCCGACGCUCACUCGUGGAGAGGAGGAGGAGGAGGGAGGCAGCCAGAGGGAAACUGCCUUGGGGAUUAAUAAGAGGCAGGAGGAGGGAGAGGUGCACGCAGGCAAACAUCUGGACCAUGAAGUUGGCCUUUAGCUUGCUUUUCCCACUUGUUCUUGUGCUGAUCUCAGAAGUGAGCGGGCAGCGGAGGAAGCCUCCACGGAAACCCACCCGCCCACCUCCUGAGCCCAUCGAGCCUGUCGAACCUGUUGAGCCCACUGAACUGCCCCCACCGCUGCCGCCUGGCCCCCCCUCCAUCUUCCCCGACUGCCCCCGAGAAUGCUACUGUCCCCCGGACUUCCCCUCUGCCCUCUACUGUGACAGCCGCAACCUGCGGAAGGUCCCCAUCAUCCCGUCCCGCAUCCACUACCUCUACCUCCAGAACAACUUCAUCGAUGACCUCCCAGAGGAGUCCUUCAGGAAUGCCACAGGGCUGAAAUGGGUCAACCUCGACAACAAUCGCAUCCGGAAAGUGGACAGGCGGGUCCUGGAGAAGCUGGAAAAUCUCAUCUUCCUCUACAUGGAGAAGAACCAGCUGAAGGAGGUGCCUGCCUUCCUGCCGCCCAACCUGGAGCAGCUGCGCCUGAGCAGAAAUCAGAUUUCCAAAAUCCCUGCUGGGGUCUUCAACAAGCUGGAGAACCUGGUGCUCUUGGACCUGCACCACAACAAACUCAGUGAUGGAGUCUUCAACAAAAACACCUUCAAAGGACUCAAGAACCUCAUGCAACUCAACCUUGCCCACAACAUCCUGAGGAAAAUGCCGCCUGGGGUUCCCAGUGCCAUUCACCAGCUCUUCCUGGACAGGAACAAUAUCGAGGACAUCCCCAGUGACUAUUUCAAGGAGUUUCCCAACCUGGCGUUCAUCCGGCUCAACUACAACCAGAUCUCCGACAAGGGGCUCCCCAAGAACUCCUUCAACCUCACCAACCUGCUGGUGUUGCACUUGGCCCACAACAAGCUCACCAACGUCCCUUUCAUCAGCCCCAAGCUGGAGCACCUCUACCUAAACAACAACGCCAUUGAAAAAAUCAAUGGAACGCAGAUCUGCCCCACCUCACUGAUGUCCAUCCAGGACUUCUCCCCCUCCGACCUGGACAGCGUGCCCCGGCUCCGGUACCUGCGGCUGGAUGGGAACCUCCUGAAGCCCCCCAUCCCCUUGGACCUGAUGAUGUGUUUCCGCCUCCUGCAGUCUGUGGUUUUCUAGCCCUGCGUGCCUCUCCUAGGGACUUGGCUUUGCACAAAGACUCAAACCCCAUCAGUGUUUGACACUUGGGACCCUCUUUGCUCCCCUCUUCCCUCGCUCACCCCCUGGCCUCUCUGUUCUUCUCCUGUCCCCCCACUCCUUCCCCCUUUCCUUCCCUGCAGUGGCUUCUGUGUCCCUGGGAGUUGUCUACAGGACAGCAUCGCAUUGCAGCAGCUGGCCCAGGUCCCAGUGUCAGCCUGGGGUGCAUGGGGGGCUGUCACCCUGCUGUCACCCUGCUGUCACCAUGCUGUCACCCUUCCCACACUCCCCCCAGCCCUUUGCCAGCACUGGAGCUGGCUCCCUUGAACCUGGCAGAGUUUUGGGAGGGUGGGCUUGGUCCUACCCAAAGCAUCUCCUGAUGGAGCUGAUGAGGGGGCUGUUUGGGGAAGGGAUGGCACAGGAGCGAGCGGUGCUGCGGGACAGCAAUCACACAGCCCUGUGACAGAGCUGUUUCAGCUCAGAGCAGCUGUAAUCUGCACAAACACCAAACCCAAACAGCCAUGAAAGCCUGAAACCCAAGGCUGGCCUAUUUGGGGACAGCUACAUUCCUGCUCGCUGGGCUGCAGCACGCGCUGGAGCUGACACUCUGCUUUAGGAAGCGCAGCCCUUGGUCCCUGGACCACCUCCCAUUAAAUCCAAAGCGAGUCCUGCCGCCUCGUCGAACCAACCGCGGCGGAGCGGGGCUGCGGGUCCCAGCCCGACGCCGGGGCGUCCCCACGAGGUCCCGCGGCCGCCGCCCCGCUCGGUGCGCGGGGGGCGGGCUGGGACCGCCGGGCAGUGCCGGCAACGACACCUCGUGGCCACAGCCACGGCCCGGGUCCGGCACGCCGUCCUCCCACUGCUCCACAGCCUCCAGCCCUCGGGGGCUCUCAGGGCUGCGUGGCUGGGAGCAAUUGGGCAGGAGAUGGUGGAAAGGGGUGGUCUUCCCCCUGCUGUGGGGUUUGCAAUACACCAUGUGUGUAUUGCAAACCAUCUGCACCCCUGCCUCGAUUUCAGCCCCGCCCUGCCCCCGCAUCCUGCCGCCCCCGUGCAGAUGCUGACGUGGAGAACAUCUGGGCUCUGCUGGCGGGGUGACCCCCGUGCCACACCCCGCCCAGCUCUCCCCUCCUCCCUGCACCCCCACCUCCUGCAGGUUCCACUCUGUCGCUUUCUUGGACCGAACACACAUCUGGUUUUGCCUUGUGGUUUUUGAAUUUUUUGCUUUCUUUCUUUCUUUCUUUCUUUCUUUCUUUUUUUUUUUAAGGAAAGGAAAAGAAAAGGGAAGAAUUACUCUUUUGGAAAAGCUGUUUUUUAUCCCCUCUUCUUCCCACUUCCACAUGUAUCACUUCCCUCUUGGAUAGCUGUACCUGCAUAUAUAGGGUGUCCGGGGAUUAUCAUCUCUCUUUUUUUUUUUUUCUUCCUGAUUCUCAGGAUUUAGAUUUGAGGAGAAAAAAAAAAUCCAGUCAAAACAAACAUAAAGCAAUAAACCAAAGAAACCAGUGUUGGUAUUCAGCUCCCCAAAAUGACCCUUCUCUGGGGUAGGUAUGGACAGGCGCUGUGUCCCACUCCCUGGGAAAGGGAUGGGGAUGCUCCCUGCAGGUGCCCUGCAUACACCAGAGAUGGGAAGGAUCAGCAAAAUCCCAUGAUAUUUCAGGAUUUUUUUGAUAAUAUGAGCCUCUCCAAAUCUUCUUCCAAUGGGCUUUUUUGGGUGCGACAGGUUUCAACCUUAAACCCGGAGACCCUAUGUAUAUAUUUAUAUAUAAUGUGUAUAUAUACUGGUAGACUGUACAGAUAUAUCUAGAGACAUAUGUAGUUCUCGACUGAUUUCAGUUUAAUGGUAUUUUCACUCCUACUCUUCGCAGCAGUGAAAAUAAAGUGAUUCACAAGGGA